AUGACGGGGCCGCUGCACCUCCUCAAGGGCGGCGUCCGCGUGCACCCCGUGGUGCCGCUCACCGUGUGCGACUCAUACAUACGGCGGGGGCCCAAGCAGGCGAGGGUGAUCGGCACCCUGCUUGGGACCGUCAACGACGGGGUGGUGGAGGUCACGAGCUGCUUCACAGUGACGCACUCGGAGAGCCUGGAACAG